CUCGGUCUAGUUCGAACUCAUUGAGCGCUAGUUUCCUGAUGUCGGGCCGUUCUUUGUGAGCUUAGGUUCCGCGUUUGAGCUUCGCUUCUACUUUGGAGUUUCAUUUACAGCCCAUUCUUCAUUGCAAGUUCGUCACUCAGGACACACAUUUCCCAGAACGAUGGAAAGAGAGGCCAACGACGUGGAUGACGUUGGGACGGGUUUAGCAGUCGUUAGCGCGUACUCGUUUCUAGUGCCAGGCAGAAUAUCGUACUUACCGCCCGAGACCGCGCGGUAUCUCGAGAAAUUCAAGCAGCUCGAGAAUCGACCCGACAAAUGGAGCAGGAUAGUCGACGCCGCGUUUGAGCGGAAACGGAGUAAAUCGAGCACGAGCCUGCACUCGCCGUCGUCGGUUUCGAGCACGUCGAUGGCGUCGUCUACGUCGUCGUUACUCAGUCCGCCCAGCUCGACUGAUGGGAUCGAAGCACAAGAAGAGGUAGCUCAAGACCACUCUGUGCCUUCUGACCGCAAGGCCGAGCCGAUUCUUGACUUGCAGCCGCUCGUGGAGUCUUAUGAAGCCACUACGAAAGUUGAGACGCCAGAGAAUCCCAAGAAAAAAGCAGUCACCGAAGAAGCCGCGCUACCAAGCAUAGCGAUGCUGCCUGUCAACAACCCCGUCAAUUACAUCGUCGCCAGCUCUCCUAACCGCAUAAAACCGCCGAUGGCAAAAGAUGCGGCAAACAAGACACUCAAAGAACUGAUACAGACCCGAAGCAAGCUAUCAGAGAUCGAGUCUCUGAUCUCAUACCAAAAGACCUGCGAGACUCUAAUCGGCCCUUUUCAAACCUCGCCGUACACGACAAGCAUCACAGUUGAAAUUUGGGAGAAAUUCCUCGACAGCCCUUCCUCGCGCAGAUUUUGGCGGAAAAAAGGCGAACGGUUCGCGCCCGUGGACGGCGAGGACGACGAGAGCGAGGUCGGCAGGCCCGGCGCGAGCUCGAGCUCGAGCUCGAAACGCCGGCGAAAGUACGAGUGGAGUCAUAUCUACAUCUGCGCGCAUUCAGGCGCCCCGCGCGACCGGCAUGAUCCGUCGAAACCGCGGCGGCGGUCGUCGAAAGUCAGUAUGAAGUGUGGGUGUAAAGCACGGAUAUCGGCGGGUAAACUCAUAGAUUCAGAGGAGAUCGUCGUGCGCUGGUCAUGGGAGCAUAACGGCCACGACGAUUUCUUUUUCCCGACCAUGUCGGAUUUGAUGGGCAGCGCUGAAUUUGUGCCGGACAGAGUGCUGAAUCCUGGUGAAGUCCCAGAGGAGCUGAUUGAGGCGCCGGAAGGGGUUUCUCCGCAUUUGAAAAACCUGAUUGAUGGCGAAGCGGCCGAGACUGAUCAGUUGACGCGGUUGCGCAAGAUGCUGGAUAGUCUUGCGCUUGAUUGAUAUUUGGGUUAUGUAUUUCUAGGUCGGCUUUUUGUAUAUACAGUAUUUGCUUCUUUUUGGUGUUUGGCUUUUAACUGAGGGAUUUAAACGAAGGUCCUACACUGGUUGCAAAUUUCCUUUCACAGAUUAUUGAUUUGUUCUCAA